AUGUUCAAAACUAGAUUUUCCAAAACGGCUCUGGCACUUACAUCCGUAUCCCUGUCAGGACUUGCACUAGCUGCCUAUGUUAACUCGCGAGAGGUCACGCAGCUGAAACAGCAUUCAGUCAGCAAAAGCGAUGACACCAAGGAACUGAGAACGUCCAGGGUACCUCCGCCUACUCGUGAGGAACUUUUGACUAGACUCGGAACUCCAUACAAGUCCAAGGGUGAUGAUUUGGAACUUGCUGAUGCCACCAGUGCGUACGAUCUGAUCGUCGUUGGAGGUGGAGCCACCGGGACGGGAACAGCCUUGGAUGCCACCACUAGAGGAUUAAAGGUGUUGUUGCUAGAAAAGACCGAUUUUGCAAGCGGAACCUCAUCCAAAUCCACCAAGAUGGCCCAUGGAGGUGUCAGAUAUCUCGAAAAGGCUAUUUUCCAGGUUUCAAAAGCACAGUUGGAUUUGGUGGUUGAGGCUUUAAAUGAACGUGCUUCCAUUCUCAACAAUGCUCCACACCUUUCUCAGAUUCUGCCCAUUCUCAUCCCCGUGUACAAGUAUUGGCAGUUGCCAUAUUUUUUUGCAGGAUGCCUGUUGUAUGAUCUUUUUGCGGGAUCUCAGGCCUUGAGAUACUCGUAUGUAUUGAGUGCUCGUUCCACGUUGAUCAAGCACCCACAGCUGGACCCACAGGGUUUGGUUGGUGGACUGGUUUAUCACGACGGAUUGUUCAAUGAUGCUCGUCUGAACUCCACGCUUGCUUUGACUGCUCUGGAAAAUGGUGCGACUAUUCUCAACUAUAUGGACGUGACCCAGCUUUUAAAGGUUUCUGGAAAGGUCAAGGGUGUCAAGGUUACCGAUAGAGAAACCGGUAACCAAUAUCUCGUCUCCGCAGAUGCGGUGAUCAAUGCCACUGGUCCUCUUUCAGACAAGCUUCUUGAAAUGUCUCAGGAUCCACAGGGAUUGCCUCUUAAAGAGCCCGCAAAGCCAAGAAUGGUAGUUCCUUCUGGUGGUGUUCAUGUGGUUCUUCCAGAUUGGUACUGUUCGAAGGAUAUGGGCCUUUUGGAUCCAUCCACUCCUGAUGGACGUGUGAUGUUCUUCCUUCCAUGGCAGGGAAAGGUCAUUGCCGGUACCACCGACACUCCUUUUGACAAAGUGCCUGAAACGCCGGUUCCCAGUGAGGUGGAGAUCCAAGACAUUCUGGAUGAGUUGAGGCGUUACGUCUCAUUUCCAGUAAAACGUGAGGAUGUUUUGAGUGCUUGGUGUGGUGUCAGGCCAUUGGUGAGGGAUCCUUCACAUAUCGACCCUAAUGGUGAGACUAAAUCGACUCAGGGAUUGGUGAGAUCGCACCUGGUGUAUGUUUCUCCUUCUGAUCUGAUUACCAUCUCUGGUGGGAAAUGGACCACAUACCGUGAAAUGGCCGAAGACGUCGUUAACAAAACCAUCGAGCUUGUUCCAGAACUGCAAUCCAAGGUGAAGAACGGAUGUGUUACCAAACACUUGAAGUUGGUGGGUGCGAAUGGUUUCGACCAUACUUUGGUGGCUCGUCUCAGUCAACAUUACCACGUUCCAGACCUGCUAUCCAACCAUUUGGCCAAUAACUACGGUGACAGAGCGCCUCUUAUUUUGGAACUGUACAAGAAGGAUAAGGAAAACCGUCUCCCCAUCAGUUUGGUUGGAAAACACGAGCCUGGUUCCUACGAGGACUUUGACCAUCCCUUCACAGUUGCUGAAUUGAAGUACUCCAUUGUGUACGAAUACGCUCGUCAUCCGAUCGACUUUCUUGCCAGAAGGUGUAGAUUGGCGUUUUUGGACUCAAAUACGGCAUUGGAAUCAGUUGAUGGAGUUGUCAGUAUCAUGGCGAAGGAGUUGAACUGGUCCAAGGAACGGGCAGAGGCCUAUAGUAUCCAGACAAAGGAGUACAUCAAGCACAUGGGUCUGGUGCCUAAUGAGACCAGCUUCUGGAGUAUGCCAGCAUAG